ACCUCGAGGCGGGGAGCUCUGGUUGGUGUGUGGGGUCGGGGCUGCGUUUCAGCCCCGGCGAGCGGUGGUGUCUUUAGGAGGUGGAUGGACCCGGGAAUGCUUUAAAAAAUCCCGUUGAGGAGGCAUUUAGAGCGAUACGGUCCUCCCGAUGGGUUACUCGAGACCCACGUGGGCUGCGCCUCUCCCGGCACCAUUGAUAAAGGGCUGGCUUCAGCCGCUUCAUUUCAAUGCCACGGGUGUUCCUUCCUCACAAUCUCUGGCGAGGAAAGCGCUGCCGCCUGUGCCAGGAACCGAGGGAGACCGGGCUGUGAGCUGAAUUCAUAAAACGGGCAAAAUUUCCACUGGGCCGUGGCAGAGUUAAGAUCUGAAAUCAGAGCAACGGAGUUUACUGCAUUUUUCUACUGCCCAGCCUCGCCCCCGGCCUUGGGAGCUGCGAGAGGAGCUUUAACCGGGCACCUCUGCUCUGCUCCGGGGAUUUCUCCCGGAGCGGAUCCCGCGUUUCCUUUCUCUGCUGACGGGCACGCCAAAGGGAGAGACACGACUCUCCGAGUGAGAGGGAGCAUAUGCAGCCUACAGCGCGGGCUGUGCUGCCCGCCCGCCGCGGGCCCGCGACGGGGAGAGUCCCGGGAUGAGAUGAGAAGGAACAGCAACGCCAGAGCUGCGUAGGAGGAAGUAGGAAAUGUCAGCGCAGGGUUAGCAGCUUCCCAAGGCUGGCACACCAAACCCGGUUUUUCGUUUCCUAGUUAGAGGUUGAGCAUGCCGGUAAAAAACUCAGCAACAGCCAAGACAGAUUGCCUCUUAACGAGGUAAGAUAGCACUGAUCUUCUGACCAUCAGUGCCCUGUAUCCUUGCAAGGCAGAAGCUCCCAAGGAAUUCAGCGGGAUCCAGGGGAUUUAUACGGCACAGAAAAGGCUCGGCCGAGGUGCUGCAAGCCCCCGGUCCCAGCCCGGCGCUGCCACCCAGCCAGAACAUGGCUCUGUACCACCUUUGGCUCCGGAGGCUGCUGAUGUCUCAGGCUACAACCCCCCCCAGCUGUGGAAAGCGGGUGACGGGAUGGUACCUGCCACUGGAAACCUCCUUAUUUAUUGCCUGACCUUUUCAUAAAUGCACAAGCCCAGCAGCCCUGCUCCAGGCAGAGCCGGUGCUGCAGGACUGGGUGUAGCAGGGACACAGGGCAGGGCUUGUCCUCCUGAAUACUGCCCAGCGGGAGAAAUCACUGCAUCUCCGUCACCACCGCGCUUGUGACUCCAUUCCCUCUGCCGUGUUCUCAUGCCUGGGCGUUGAGUGCCCGGCGGUGCCGGCCAGCAGCCCAGUUGCACUUCAGGCAAGUCUUCGGGCCCCAGGUGAGUUAAGGGCAGGUUCCAGCUGCGGUUCAACCCAUCGGCAAAAGGCUGAAGCCGGCAGAGGUUGUGAAACAGGCGACCGUGGGACAGGGCGGCUGUUUCGGUCUGUGCUUUGCUGCGCGCCGGGAGUUCGGAGGAAGAACUUGUUCGACCGCUUGUUGUCCGGCUGUCGGUGCCGGGAGCCCCGGGCUGGUGCGGGCCACCCUUCGCCCCACCUUCCUCGGCCUUUUUGGCAGGGGGGAGCUUGUAAGCGUCACCUUACAAGUCCAAGAGAGGCCAAAGGACCUGGCCAGGCGCGUAGGCAGGAGGACGAGGACCAGCCGUCCUGGUGACGCCAGGGCUGGGGGCCGGAGCUGAGCCGGCUGCGAGGCAGCGCCGGGGCGCGCUGGCCCUGAUCCUCUUCGGAGGAACCGUCUCCUCGGCUCAGCAGGAUAUAUGCACCAAGACAAAGGAGCACUCGACCUGCGUAAGAAGCCAUGGAGACCACCAGCAGCACUCCCUCCCCUGUGACCCCCCCGUGGGAAGCGUUUCCCCAGAAGUCGCUGGACUCCAUAGACAUUGCUGUUCUGGUGCUGUACUUCAUAUUUGUCCUCGCUGUUGGGCUGUGGUCCAUGUGGAAGACGCAGCGCAGCACUGUAAAAGGCUACUUUCUGGCUGGAGGACAGAUGGUUUGGUGGCCUGUGGGCGCCUCCCUGUUUGCCAGCAACGUUGGAAGUGGCCACUUCAUCGGCCUGGCUGGGUCGGGAGCUGCCUCGGGAAUCGCCGCGACAGCCUACGAGUGGAACGGGAUGUUUUGUGUUUUGGUGCUGGCCUGGCUCUUCCUUCCAAUUUAUAUAGCAGCAGGGGUUACUACCAUGCCGGAGUACUUGCGGAAACGUUUCGGAGGCAAAAGGAUUCAGAUGUUCCUGGCGAUUCUCUACUUGUUCAUCUAUAUCUUCACCAAAAUAUCCGUGGAUAUGUACGCCGGGGCCCUCUUCAUUCAGCAGGCCUUGCACUGGGACCUCUACGUCGCUGUGGUGGGCCUGCUGGCCGUCACGGCCGUUUACACGGUCGCGGGUGGCCUGGCAGCUGUGAUAUACACGGACGCUCUGCAAACUCUCAUCAUGCUGAUCGGGGCCGUGACUCUCAUGGUCUUCAGCUUUGUUGAAGUUGGCGGUCUUGAAGGUUUGCAGACAAAAUACUUCGAUGCCAUUCCCAGCACACGCAAGGAAAACAGUAGCUGCGGCUUGCCGAGAGAAGAUGCUUUUCACAUUUUCCGAGACCCUGUUAACUCUGACCUGCCCUGGCCGGGAGUUCUGGUGGGAAUGACCAUCCCGUCCCUGUGGUACUGGUGUACAGAUCAGGUCAUCGUUCAGAGGUCCCUUGCUGCUAAAAACCUCUCUCAUGCCAAAGGAGGCUCCUUGAUGACCUCCUACUUGAAAAUUUUGCCCCUCUUUAUGAUGGUAAUGCCAGGCAUGAUCAGCCGAAUACUUUUCCCAGAUCUGGUGGCUUGUGCUGAUGCGGAAAUUUGCCGAAAAAUCUGUGGCAACCCGUCUGGCUGUUCCGAUAUUGCUUAUCCUAAGCUGGUCAUCGAACUUCUGCCUGUAGGACUCAGGGGCCUGAUGAUGUCCGUGAUGAUAGCAGCUCUCAUGUCCUCCCUGACUUCCAUCUUUAAUAGUGCCAGCACCAUUUUCACCAUGGACCUCUGGAAACACCUCCGUCCCCGUUGCUCCGAGUGGGAACUCAUGAUUGUUGGCAGGGUCUUUGUGCUGCUGCUCACCGUGGUCUCCAUCCUGUGGAUCCCACUGGUACAGGCUGGCCAGGGCGGGCAGCUCUUUAUUUACAUCCAGUCGAUCAGCUCCUACCUGCAGCCCCCCGUGGCAAUGGUGUUUAUACUGGGUUGCUUCUGGAAGAGAGCAAAUGAAAAGGGCGCGUUCUGGGGCCUGGCGAUCGGGCUGCUGCUGGGCGUCAUUCGGCUGGUGCUGGACUUCAUCUACCCAGAGCCCCAGUGCGGUGAGACCGACCUCCGGCCGGGCGUGGUGAAAUACAUGCACUAUCUCUACUUCUCCAUGGUCCUGGCCGCCAUCUCCACGCUCACUGUGCUGGUCGUGAGCAUGCUCACAGAACCCCCCGCGGAAGAAAUGAUAAGUCGGCUUACCUGGUUCACACGUGGGGAUCUACCAGUCAAGCAAGACCUAGCAGUCAGCCCUUCCCCUGAAGCUGCAAAAGGAGUGUGUGAAGCUGAGCGUCCAGCUCUCCAGAUUGAUAUAAGCAUUGCUACUGAAAAUAGUUCAAAUGAUAACAAAUGUACGACUGACGCCAAAGGGAACUCGAAGCUGCUGACCACCUUUCUGUGGCUCUGCGGGAUGGAGCGCAAGCAGGAAAACCCCGAGAACGCGGCACCGCCUAAACCCGAGCCGCUUCCCGUGGCUCCUCUGGAGGAGACACCGCUGGUGAAACACGUCCUGAACAUCAACUUGCUAUUAUGUGUAUGUGCUGGGCUCUUCCUCUGGGCCUACUUCGCAUAGCAGUUGGCUAUGCGAUUCCAGAUGCCACCAACUAAUUUUAAUCGGUGUAAAUAAUAAUGAUUAGCGGAGGGUUAAUGUAAUUCUUAAUGCUUUCUAAAUUUUAUUUCUCUAUUUAAGAAGACAGACCUUUUCCCUUAAUCCUUUCCUUAUUUCUACUGGGGGCUCUUGGCUGCGAAAGGUGCUGAGCGCUCAGCACUGGCACUGUCAGACCCGAACUGGCAACAAGAAGACGGGUGGCAAGAGCUAAGGGAGGCAGCUAGGCGGAAGAGGUUUGUUCGGUUGUUUUAAAUAUUAAAUGAAGCUCUUUGGGGUUAGAGCACUGCCUGGAA